AAAGAAAACAAUUGAUCGAAAGGAAAGAAAAAACUUUGAAAGAAAGAGGCAACCGGAUAAAAAAUGUCUUAAAGAAAGCAUAGAGAGGGCAGAGUCCGAUCAAAAGGAAGACUUCGAAGAUAAGGAAGUCAAAAUCGACAAGAAACGGCAGAAGAGUGAAGAGUUUGGUCCAAGAGAACUGAAAUUAGAAACCGAUCAAAUGGAAAGAGAAAAAAGAAAGCGGGAGCUUCGAGCUCUUAAAGAACGACAGGAAUGGGAAGAGUUUGAACGAAAAGUUAUGGAAAGACUGGAAACUGAACGAAAAAAACGGGAAGACUUUGAACAGAAGAGGCAACAGGAGCUCACAAGUCUUAAGGAACGCCAGGAAAGAGAAGAGUUUGAACGAAAAGAACUGGAAAAAAGACUUGAAAAAGAUCGAAAGGAAAAGGAAGACUUGGAAAGAAAGCGAGAGCAGGAUCUUAAAAGUCUUAGGGAACUGCGAGAGAGAGAAGAGUUUGAAAGAAAAGUUUUGGAAAAACUAGAAAACGAGCGAAAAGAAAGAGAAGACUUUGAAAGAAAGACAUGCGAGGAGCGUGAGCGGGAAGAAAAAACAAUUGAGGAGCUUAAAGCUACCCUAAAUGAGGUACAGGAACGGGAAAUAAAGCGUGCCGAGGAACGGGAGAGAAUAGCUCGAGAAAAACGGGAACUCGAAAAACGAGAUCAAGCCGAGUGCGAAAGGAUGGCUAAAGAAGAAGAGCUCCUUAGGGAAAGAAGACUUUUGGAAAAGCUCAAGCGGAAAAAAAGCGAAAGGGAGGAGAUGGAAAGAAAAGCCAGAGAAGAAGAUCUCAAGAGGGAACAGAUUCUUAGAAAGUGGCUUGAAAUGCAGGAGGAAGAAGAAAAGAGGGAAGCAAAAGAACGGGAAGAACAGCAGAAAAGGAUACUUAAAGAAUGUGGGAGAAAAACCCAAGGGCGUUUAUCUAUGGAAGAUAAAGCUACUGAACAAAAAGAAGGAGCGGAUGCUGAGAGAAAGGUCACAGAGGAACGUGAUCGAUUGCAAAGAGACACACUCAUAAAGGAUCAGCAAGAGCAGGAAAGAUCUAAGCUAGAGGAAAAAAAAAUUUUGCUCAUGGAAAAAGAGGAAGAAAGGCAUCUUAGAGAUAAGCUAAGUAGAGAGGAAAAAGACUGGGAUCAAAGAAUAGAGCAGCUAAGGCUGAGUAGGGAAAAAGGAAUCCAGCUAGAAAGUGAAACGAGAGAGGUAGCUAGAAAACUAAAGAGUCACCUGGAAAGGCGACUUGAACUUAACCAAGAUGAUGAGAUCCGACAAAACAUGUCGGAAGAAAUGAGGGUCACAAAAUCUCGAACUCAAGUAAUAUCAGACAAAGAUAUAGACCCUAAGAACAUUGUUAGUAAGGGAAAAUCAAAAAGCCAGACCCAGAAUAUGUUUUUCGAGAAUCCCCCGGGAGACAUUAAGAAACAUGGAUCUAUCAGCAAGGAUGUUCUUAUCCGAUUAAAUAAGCUGGAAAAGAAGAAUAGCAGGUUAAACGAUGAAAUUCAGGUCCCCAAGGAGCUGCGCUUGGAAGCAGGGAAACUGUCUGAACAGAAUCUUUUGACCAGACCUCCUCGGACAAAGUUUUCAAUGAAGGUUCAGAGAAAUGAAGGAAACAGCGUGAGCGCUGAACCAAAGCCAAAGGAUGUAGGCGACGAAGUCUGGUCCCAUCGGCAACGGAGAACCCAAGAACCAAGACCCAGUUCCAGUCAUGAGUACUUUGAGCCAGGAUCCUUGAAGUCUCGCAGCGAACGUUGGGCUCGGUUCAUGGGCAGUGAAGAAAAAUCCGACGCAGAAGAUCUUCCAAGCCAGGAACGUCAUCCCGGCAGUUCCUCCAGCGCAGAAAACAAUACGAUUCCGGAACCUCGUUACUCUCUGGUAGGAAGGUACUGUCCACGAAAAAAAACCUAUGCGGUGGAGCAGCAGAAUGUUCCUCCGACCCCAUAUGGAAACCCCGAGCAGCAAGAAGCUUAUGGUUCCUAUGUUCGAGGCCGUGUGGCCGAGUGGCGGAAAAUGCUUGGACCAAGAUUAUAUUCCGCUGACGAGGACGAAUUUGACGAGCGACAAAGAGGUGGAGGAAUAGCAGGUGACGUGGGCUUGAGUUACUGCACUCGGACUGGCAAGAAGCGAUAUCCCCAGAUCAAGCAACCUGAGACUGGCAGAGAUCAAUUUGGUCUAAAGGAAAACCGCGUCCAGCAAAUAAGGGUAUUUAGACAGCUUCUAACACAAGCUCGGACAUCCGAUUACCAACCGGACAUAUUGGAUGCCGAAAAUCGCCUUUUAGAGAAGAAAUUGGCAGAGGCCAAAGUCAAUGCCACGAACCAUUAUGUCCAGGAAUCAAUUCUGUUAGUGGCAAGACGUCUAAUCAGUAUUUUCCAAAGAGAUGAAGCUUACGCAAGUUCCGAAGAUGAGACUGAUUCUCAGGGAGAUGAAGUGCUCGCGCAGAUCUAUCUACAGGAGAUCCAGAGCAAGAUGAAGCUUCCCAGGCCAAUCUUCAAAACUUUAAUGGAAGUUUUGCUUUUAUAUAACGAACCUAUUGUGCCCCAUUUCGUAGAGAAAAUUUGCAUUUUGGAUACCGAGCUAGAAGUGCAUCUGAAAAAGAUUUGCAAUCGCGUCUUCGCUCGACAAGGUGCGAAGAUCCUUCGAUGUAAUGCGGAACAGUUGGUGGAUCAAAUGCGGCAUGUGCAAAGCUGCCAACUGGCCGAAUUGUGCCGGGACUCCGAGGAGCAGACACUGCGGCAGUGGAGGCGGCUGUCCAGGAACUCCCUGUCCGGGAUCAGGAGCCUCUUCCACGAUUAUUGCGACAUGCACGACGCUCUCCCACGUGUAACCCUUCAGACUAUCGAGCGACUUUACGGUGAAUGGAAGGAUCAGAGGUUUUCUUGUCGAUUAGAAAAGAUGCAUUGAUAUUCUCCGGUUUUAUUUACACAAUUUUUCAUUUUACUCCUUUAACCUUUAAUUGUUUACCAAGUUGGAGUUCUUGUUAAAUUUAAUGGUAUCCUAUUUCCCCGUU